AUGAAGUAUCAUAAUAAUCUAUACAUAUCAGUGGUUUCAAGAUUGCGAUACGAAAAUGUUAUUGCACUUGCCGGUUAUUGUGAUGAUGGCCCUCUCCGUAUUCUUGCUUAUGAGUAUGCUCCUAACGGAUCUCUUCAUGAUGUUCUUCAUGGGCGAAAAGGUGUGAAAGGAGCACUGUGA